AAUGAUCUAAGGCCGUAGGCCAUGUCAAAGAAGUACCAUGUUCUGCGCGCAAGUUCUCAGUAAUGGGACUGUCCGUUGUACACCGUGUGCAGCGGUCUUUAAGAGGCUGUGAUGGGAAUCGUUUCCUAUAAGAAGGCGCAUCGAAUCAGCAUACGAACAAUUCAACUCAUUCAUAACAUCUACAGCGAUGCCUUCGUACUUCAUUACUGGUUCAAGCAGAGGAAUUGGCUUUGCCAUCGUAGUGGAAUUGUUAAAGGACCCAAAGAACUUCGUAAUAGCAUCUGCUCGCAACCCAAGUGCUUCUCAAGGUCUUCAAGACUUGGCGUCGAAAUACCCUAAAGACCGAUUAGCUCUUGUUACUUUCGAUGUCUCGAAGCCCGAGCAGAUUGAGGCCGCCGCCAAGGAGGUUGACCAACUUGCUCCCAAAGGCUUGGAUUACUUGAUCAACAAUGCCGGAAUUAGCUACCAGGCACUGACCACUUUCGAUGACCUUGACUUGAAGCUCUUCGAGGAGGAACUUGUUUUUAAUACCGUUCCCCUCAUUCGCAUUCUUCGCGCUUUCAAGCCACUCGUCGUCAAGAGCACUGAGAAGAAAGUGCUAUUCAUAACUUCUAGCCUCGGAUCCAUUCAAGAUGCAGCUGGUAGGCCCAACUUGGCCAACGCUUAUUCUAUUAGCAAGGCUGCCCUCAACAUGCUCGCUCGUAAAUGGGGUGCCGUUAACAAGAGCGAGGGUAUCAUCUCUGUCUUAGUACACCCUGGAUGGGUUGAUACGGACCUUGGACAAACGAUUGAACCUUGGCUAACAGCGGCGGUCCCAGGCAUAAAGCCUCUGACUGUCGAGGACAGUGCGAAGGGUGUCGUUAAGGUCAUUCAGGACGCGAAGAUGGAAGAUGGGGUGCAUUUCUUCAACUAUGACGGUACUACUAUUCCUUUUUAGACGCGUCAGUAUGCAUAGAGGCGAAUCCUCGUAACCAUGACUGUGCCUAUAUAGAUCAUUAGAUAUUGUUCAGCAUAAAGCCUCAAGAGGCAUUUUGAAGCUGCUCCUUCAAUCCCAGGGAAUCGAAAAAUUCUGAGUUAGAUACUACAAUUCAAGAUAC